UGUGGCACCCCAGGCUGGUGUGCAGUCUGCUGAGAUGUAAGUGCAGUUCUUCAGUUCUUUGUGCCCAAAUCUCUAGAGCCUAAGAGCCUAACAUUAGAUUGUCAUAAAACUUUUACCAUCUUUCUGGUAUUAAAAGUGUUGGGCGAAAAAUGAAUGUCUCAAUUCAGAUGGCAUCUCAAGAGAGCUGCCACCCAGAAUCAGUGCUCAUUCCUGUGCUGUACUCACUCAUCUUCCUACUGGGCACAGUUGGUAACAGCCUGGUACUGGCAGUGCUGCUGAGAAAUGGAAAGGUGAAUAAUACCACCAACCUCUUCAUCCUGAAUUUAGGGGUGGCUGACCUGUGUUUCAUCAUUUUCUGUGUUCCCUUUCAAGCCACCAUCUACACCCUGGACAGCUGGGUCUUUGGACCCUUUAUGUGCAAAGCAGUGCACUUCUUCAUAUACCUCACCAUGUAUGCCUCCAGCUUUACCUUGACCACCGUCUCCCUGGACAGGUACCUUGCUAUACGCUAUCCUUUGCGUUCUCGGGAGCUGCGUACCCCCAAGAAUGCACUGUUGGCCAUUACGCUCAUUUGGAGUCUAUCACUGGUGUUCUCUGGCCCUUACCUCAGCUACUACCAAGAGUUCCAGCUGGCUAACCUCACUGUGUGCCAUCCUAUUUGGCAGAAUUCCUACCGCAGGGCCAUGGAUCUUUGCACUUUUGCCUUCAGCUAUGUCAUCCCUGUGCUCAUACUUAGCCUCACCUAUGCUCGUACAAUCCGGUACCUCUGGACUGCUGUGGACCCCAUAGAGGACAUGUCUGAGUCAAAGAGGGCUAAAAGGAGGGUGACGCGUAUGAUUAUUAUUGUCGCGGUGUUGUUCUGUUUGUGCUGGCUGCCCCACCACCUUGUCAUACUUUGUGUCUGGUUCGGAUACUUUCCCCUCAAUAAUUUCACGUAUGCUCUUCGUAUUCUCUCACACCUGGUGUCCUAUGCCAAUUCUUGUGUUAAUCCCGUGGUGUAUGCUCUGGUUUCCAAGCAUUUCCGCAAAGGUUUUCGAAAGAUAUUCCGGUGCCUGUUACUCCGGCAGAGGGCAGCCAAUAAGGUCCACACUGCACCUGCCACUCACGCUGGAGUAAGUUCUCUCGAAGGGGCCUGCACAGAAGUGACCCAUAUCAGUGAGGGCCAUCUACAAUGCUCUGCUUGCUGUCCCGAUCCUGGCAGUCCUUGGAAGGAGACUGAGAGGGCUGGGGAUAAGAGGGCCCAAUCGUUCAUCACAUUUAAUGUUACUUAAUGAGUCGUGGUGUUUGGAUUAGGAAUGGGACACAAGAGACUCUUCUCAUCUGAGUGCCUAUAGCAUACAAAUUACUAAAUAAGUUGAGAUUUUUAAGGAGCAGUGAAUCGGAGUCGUAAUAAUAAUUUUAAAUUUGUUUGAUUUAGAAUGAGAAACUUGGCAAAUCAGAUUGAAGUGGAUCCUGGUAGGGUCCUACACAAGUAUAUAGCCCAUGUAUUUAGAAAUAUGAUAUAUGCACUGUGAAGAUUUUUUUUAUCACCAUGCUUGAGACAAUCAAUAUUUAUAUGCCUACAUUUUAACCUUUUUAACGAUGGAUUGUUUGGAAUCAUAUUUAAAUCAUUAUACUCAGCCUUUAAAUAUAAUCCUAUCUUUGUAUAAUUGGAGCUUGGCUUUCUAUUAACUUUGGGGGAAUGUAUUCACGCCAAGCUCUGGAGGUCACAGGAAUUGUCAGAUUAUUAUGUAACUUGUACCGUAGAAAUAGCUUUCUCUUGUGACUUGCUAUUUGCUCCUUGUGUUCUGUAUGACCCAUUCAUUAGACAUUGCUAUCAUCUACAGUAGAUCUCAAUACAUUGGCUGUAGUGUA